UCAAAGACGCGUCGCUCGCACCAACGUCGACGUGAGUCGCAGCCCGCGAGCUAUACCUACAUAUGCGCAACGUAUACCUUUCACACCGUGGCAUCGACAAACAAACCCCUCGCGACAAAUCAAAAAAGUUUCGUGAAUCUUGUGGAUAAAGUUGAAUAAUACAGCGAGUUCUAUAGUGCUACGAGAUAAAAGAUUAAGCACAGUGUCAAAAGUGUCGAAUGAAUUGAGUUUGGUUUAAAGUAGAGAAGAGAAGAUAAAGAAAGAGAGGGGAGUAGGCUACACAUGCCUUGUUUGGCCAAUUGUACAAGCCUAGUGUGCCGUGUUGUGAGUGUGUGUCGUCGAAGUUGAGUUGCAAACUUUGACAAGAUUAUGCAUCGUCGAUCGUGACAAUCGUGCCAAGUGUGCUCUCGAUUCCGAAAAUCGAAUCGCAAUGGAGCCAAGAAGAUCAACGCUAAUUUUCAGCCUGUUGCUGCUGCUGCUGCUGCUGCUCGGCACCUCCGAGGCCCGGAGUCUGAGCAGCCACGAGUCGCCCCGAGGCUGCAGCUGGCGACCCGACGAAGAAUCGACCCAAUCCGAGGACAAUGAGCAAGUGCCGCAGCUGGUAUGCCGACUGCGGAGCAUGUCGAACGCGCUCGGCGUCACGGGCAACCUCAGCUCCGGCCAGUCCGAGGCUCUGCGCUCCCUCGGCCUCGAGUGCCACGAGGCGCUCUUCUACGAGAGCCAGCUCGACGUCGUGACCGCCUCGACGGCCAGCGGGGCCUUCCUGGCUCACCUGCCCCGGCUCGAGCGACUCCGAGUCGAUCACUGCCGCAUCCAGGGUCUGCCCGCGGGCGUCUUCUCGGACGCGCGCGUACUGCAAAAGUUGCAGAUUCACUCGCACAAGUCCGAGUGGUCGUCCUCGGCGAUGGAGCUGAAUCGGGACUCGCUGCGAGGCCUCGAGCAGCUCCGAGAGCUCGAUCUGGCCGACAACAACGUGUGGACGCUGCCGAGCGAGUUCCUCUGCCCCGUGCCGAGCUUGACGACGCUCAACCUGACGCGCAACAGGUUGCAAGAGGUGGCCUCGCUCGGCUUGACGGACUGGUCGACGGCGUGCGCUCGCGACCUCGAGACCCUCGACAUCAGCGACAACGAGCUGAGCGUCCUGCCCGAUCACGGCCUGGCGGGUCUGCGCAGCCUCCUCGUGCUCAAGCUGCAGGACAACGUCAUAGCCGCGGUCGGCGAUCACGCGCUCAACGGCCUCGUGAACUUGCGCUCCCUCAACAUGUCGACGAAUCGCCUGGUGGCGCUGCCACCGGACCUCUUCGCCAAGAACCGAGAGCUGCGCGAACUCGUGCUCAGCAACAAUUCGCUCUCGGCCCUGGCCCCGGGUCUCUUCGGCGGGCUCGAUAAUCUCCAGAGCCUCGAUCUCAGCCGAAACAAGCUCACCAGCAAGUGGGUGUACCGCGACACCUUCGACAAGCUCUUCAAGCUCGUGCUGCUGGACUUGUCGUUCAAUCAGCUGACGAAAAUCGACUCGCACGUGUUCCGCGGCCUCGAGCAGUUGCAGCUGCUCAACCUCGAGCACAACGAGAUCAACGUCCUGGCCGACGACUGCUUCCUCUCUCUGGGCAAUCUGCGCUCGCUCUCGCUCUCGCACAAUCGCAUCGUGCGCUUCGAGGCCAGCCACAGCGUCGGCUUGGCCGUCCUCGACCAGUUCUUCCUCGACGAGAACAAGCUCCAGCACAUCGAUCGACGAGCCUUCGACAACUUCACCAGCCUGCAAGAUCUCAGGUUGAGUGGCAACAGCCUCACCGAAGUACCCGAGGCCGUCCGUCAAUUGCGCGAUUUGAAGACCCUCGACAUGGGCAACAAUCGCAUAACCGUCAUCAACGCCGACAGCUUCGACGGCCUCGAGAAGCUCUCGGGGCUUCGAUUGGUCGACAACAAAUUGGAAAACAUAUCUCGCAAGGCCUUCGCCAAUCUGCCUGCCCUGCAGAUCCUCAAUCUGGCCAGCAACGCCAUCAGGCACAUCGAGCAGGGCGCCUUCUCGCAGAAUGCCCUCCUCAUCGCCAUUCGUUUGGACGGCAAUCAGCUGACGGAGAUUCACGGCGUCUUUCGCAAUUUGCCCUCGCUCCUCAUGCUCAACAUAUCCGACAACAAAAUAUUGUGGUUCAAUUACGCGGAUCUGCCGGGCAGUCUCGAGUGGCUCGACAUGCACUCCAAUCAAAUUAGCGAGCUCGCCAACGACUUUUCCGGCAAUCGAGAGGAUCUGCGGAUCAAAAAGCUCGACGCCAGUUACAAUCGCAUCGAGGAGAUCAACGACGCCGCCAUCCCCAACAGUGUGGAAAAGCUCUAUCUGAACAACAACAAGAUCCGCACGGUGGCGCCCGGCACCUUCAUGCACAAGACUAACCUCAUGAAAGUGACGCUGAACAACAACGACGUGCAACACUUGGAGAUCGGCGCCAUCGAGCUAGCACCGGUCUCGAGCGAUCGCGAACUGCCGCAGUUCUACAUCGGCGAGAAUCCGAUCCUCUGCGACUGCACCAUGGAGUGGCUUCCGCGCAUCAACGAGCUCAGCCGCAUGCGUCAGCACCCGAGGGUGAUGGACCUCGAGUCCGUGACCUGCGACAUGGUGCACGCCCGGGCGGCGCCCAAGCGUCCUCUGCUUUCGCUCAAGUCCAAGGACUUUGUGUGCCGAUACUCGAGCCACUGCUUCGCCCUGUGCCACUGCUGCGACUUCGACGCCUGCGACUGCGAGAUGACCUGCCCGGACAACUGCUCCUGCUAUCACGACCACAGCUGGUCGAGCAACGUCGUCGACUGCUCGAACGCCGGCUACCGAACGGUGCCCGAGCGCAUCCCCAUGGACGCCACCGAGCUCUACUUGGACGGCAACGAGCUCGGCGACCUCGGCAGUCAUCUGUUGAUCGGCAAGCGCAAACUCGAGACUCUUUACCUAAACAACAGCGGCAUCAACAGCAUAAACAAUCGCACCUUCACCGGCGCCGAGAAUCUCAAAGUCCUGCACAUGGAGUCGAACGCCUUGCGCGAGAUUCGCGCCCACGACCUCGUGAAUCUGGAGCAGCUGACGGAGCUCUACCUGGAUCACAACGCCAUCGCCGUCAUCGAGGACGAGACCUUCGCGAAGAUGCGCGGUCUGCAGGUGCUGCGAGUGAACCACAAUCGCAUGGUCGACUUCAGGCCCUGGGAGGCCCUGGUGAGCCUCGGCACCCAGGUCGGCCUCGAGGCCAACUUCUGGAGCUGCGACUGCGACAGCGUGAACCGACUGCGCGUCUGGCUGGCCGAGCACCGCAGCGAGAGCGCCGAGCGCAUGUACUGCCGCGACGAGGUCGAGAGCGUAGCCCAGGCCAUUCAGCGCUGCAACGCGGGCCAGGCCCCCGUCAACGUCAACACGUACGCCUCGAACCACGGCUUGCAGGCCGGCAGCAGCAUGGGUAACACGGUAGUGCGCCACAAUCCAGCGGUGAUCGGUGGCAGCUUCGUUCCCAUGCUGGCGGGUGUGCUGGUGGCGAUAAUCGCCGUGUGCCUGCUCGUAGCCGUGGGCUUCGCCUUCCGUCAAGACGUCCGACUCUGGGCGCACUCGCGCUACGGCCUGCGCCUCGGCAAGCUCUCGACUCAGUGCCCCGAAGAGGAGCGGGAUCGCCUCUACGACGGCUACUUCUUGUACAGCGAACGCGACGAGGAGUUCGUGACCCGCUACCUGGCGCCCGAGCUCGAGCAGUCGGGCUUGGCGCUCUGCCUGCACUAUCGGGACUUGCCGCCGACCAGGCCCCAGGAGUCGCUCAUACCAGCCGCGGCGGCCUCUCGACGCAUCGUCAUGGCUUUCUCGCCUCACUUCCUCGCCAACGAGUGGCAGAAUCCCGAGUUCAGAGCGGCUCUUCGCAUCGCGCUCGACAACAUUCGGCCGGCCGUCAGACGUCGCUGCGUGAUCAUCCUGCUGGCGACGGACGCCCCGUGCCGCGACCCGGAGCUCCAGCUGCUCCUGCAGACCUGCACCGUCAUCGUCUGGGGCGAGAAGCGCUUCUGGGACAAGCUGCGCUACGCCAUGCCCGACUCGGCCGAGCACGUGGGAAAGGGCACGCACCAGCGCAAAGCACCGGCUAGCUGUCACCAAGCCGGCCAAGGGGGCAUCCCGGCCCGUUACGCCGCGGCACCCUCCGUGGUGGUCGAUGCCUGGGCGUCCAAGCCCGUGCAGAUGCAUCAGCAGCAUCAGCAGCAGGCGGCCAUGCAGACGCCCCUCGUCGCCACCUCGAGCACGUGCACCUCGAGCUCGGGCACGGGUGUGCUGGUGCAGCCUCUCCACGCGCCCACCCCGACUCCCACGCAAUCGACCUACGUGAGCUCGGCCUCGAGCCGGACCGAGGACGAGGACAGCGGCCACGAGCAACAACAGCAGCAGCAUCAUCAUCACCUGCACCACGCGCAUCAUCACCACCAUCACCAUCAUCAUCUGCAGGCGCAGCAGUUGCAGCCCCAGCUGGAGCAGCAGCACCAGAUAGGCUACAGCGCGCUCCAUCCGGCCGGGACGCAGCCGCGGCCCUCCAGCGUCAACUCGAGGCACAGCAGUCAUCUGUACAGCACGAUACCGGAGCUGCCUUACGGCACGACGGGACAACAGUUGCCCGUCAAUCCUCGCACGUACUUCGUUUAAGCUUCGUAGAAACUCGAGCUUCAAGCGCAGCGCCAGUGAAAACUCGUCGGCCGCUCGACCCUGAGCGAGCGUCUCCUCUGUGAGUGUGUCAUGUGCGCGAUAUAUCGUUGUUGUCGGACUCCGCGCCAGUGAAAAGCAGUAUAUCGAAAGAAAGAAAAAAUGAGUCAGACUAUUUGUGCGUGUGUUUCUGUUGCUAUCGAUGGUGCUUAGGUAAUAAGUAGUACACGUGAUAAUGUCUAUGUUGUAUUCGACAAAGAAAGACUAUAACUGUUAGCUUUAAUGAGAUUUAUAAAUAGAUAAAUGCCGCGGCGCAGAGCCGUGGUGAUCCACGAUCGAUAUAUAUUAUGUAUAGUGACUAAAUAGUGAUAUAUAAUUAUAAAAAUAAAAUAAUGUCGUUGCAGUGGUCUCGCAUAGGCCACUCGAGAAAGCAACAGCAUUUUUCGCAUCGAAAUGUAAAUAUUUAGGACUUUAAGUAUCGCAUGACAAGUAUUUGUCCACAUGCACGCAUGGGAAAGGAAAAAAAGAUUCCACAUCCGCAUGAUACGUGUAUUUUUAGGCCUCCAAAAGUUGCCGUAUAGCACACAUAUAAUAUACAGUAGAAGCUCGUAAGGAACGCGAAGAAGAUUGCGCGAAAAAAAAAGAAGAAGCAUCAGUGCCAUUUCCGUUGAAAUAAAAAAAAAACAUCGUUACUACAUCGAGUGUGAAAGAAAGAAAGAAAGAAAGAAAGAGAAGGAGUGAGCGAGUGAGACAAAAAUUCAGAGAGCGAGCCUAAGCGUAGGCAUCGAGUCUUCAUUACAGUAUAUAGACAACUUUCUCGUUUUAUACCGAAUAUACGUAUAAAAGCGUGGCUUUCGUCGACUCAUCACCCUCACCGCAGCAAUUACACCUUCCUCGCUCGAGAGCGUUUAGGUGCUAUUGUUGCAUAUAUUUAUCCGUUGCAUCUGAACUUGUUGGCUUUUGCGCAGGAGCGAGCCAAGGUGCGCGUCUUCGAACUUCUCGCAUGUCAUCGUCGUCGCACUCUCUUGUGUCUAUCGUCUUCGUGAAAAACAAGAAUGAGGCCCGAACACACAGACAAACACACGUAUACAUCAACAGUCGGACAGCCAUAUAAAGCGACUGAUUGAAUCUCGUAAGAUGGCGAAUUUCGUUUCGACUCGUGUGUGGCUCUGAGGAUUUUUUUUGCUUCUUUAUUUUUCUCUCUCCAUCUCGCUCAGCCUACUACUUGUUUCUGGCACUCUUACUCUUUUUGCAUUAUCUCACCUUUUAAUGUCACGCCGAGUCAACAUUGAGCUCGUGCUCUUCCUUCUCUCUGUUCCUAUGUACAAGACUGCCGCUCAGCGUCGAGCCUAUGUAUUUUUUAAGGCCAGCCUAUACAGAGAACAGCUACACGGUGCUGCAACAUGCGCAGCAGCGCAACACAACUCGCUGCACCGCAGCAGCCUUCUUAGAUUAUCCAAUGCAUCCAGGGAAGGCUUCGUCUGCUAUACCAUACACAUUAUAUAUCUGUGGCUAUGCAACGUUAUGUUGCUCGCGCAGACUUACAUGCAUGCACGUAUACACACAUUCCUUUUACUUUUUUCCCUUGACCUUUGUACAUAAUGUAACUAAAUAUACAUAUAGCUUAGAUGUAUUUAAUGUUUCGUAAACGAGGCUUUUGAAGCAGAGCAUUUUUGUAUAUAUUGCGAAUAGACGAUGGUAAGAAUCUUAUUGUUACGCACGCGCAUGUAUUGCGUUCGAGGUCGUUUUUGCAAAGAUAUUGUUACAGUUCUGCAUAUAAAAUAUUGCGUUAGCUCGAGUGAACGUGCGGAGCAGGCCCCAUCGAGAUCUGCUGGCAAAUUUGAAAAAGGGCUUGACUUUGUACGCAAUAGCGACCUACGAUUAUGUACACUGCGACUGUAAUUUUCAUCUGCGUUCAUAAGCUGUGUAAUUAAAAUAUUUUGUCUAUAAUAAAAACAAACUUCGACUCGAAUGUACUGCGCUUUAGAUUUAGAAAGAAAAAAUUGUAAAUAAACUUACGUCAUAUGAAUGUAUAAUUGUAACGUAAACUGCCAAAUUUAACUUAUCUAUCAACUAUCGCAAAAUCUCUGUCUAUAAAAUGAUCGAUGUUGUAUAAAAUAUUAUAAUUUAUUAUAUAAGAGCCUAUAAACAGCUUACUCGAAAAGCUGCCAAGUCAAAGAAUUA